AAAAGACUCCGACUGCACCAUCACCAACUGUUAUGGCAUGUUCCCUGGUCGCAGCACCUGUCGAGCUGGGAACGUGGCCCACCCAGGCACCGAAGAGGAGAUCGUUUCCAUUGUAUCCGCUGCAACCAAGGCCGGCAAGAAGAUGAAGGUGGUGACUAGUUUUGCUCACAGCAUCCCCAAACUCGCCUGCCCUGACGGUGUCGAUGGGUUGCUUAUUAGCACCAAAUAUCUCAACCAUGUAGUAAAUGUAGAUGCUGCAGCAAUGACAAUGACAGUGGAGAGUGGAAUGGCCUUGAGUCAGCUAAUCGAGGAGGCAGCCAAGGCAGGACUUGCAUUACCGCACGCUCCCUACUGGUCUGGCUCCACCAUUGGGGGCAUCCUGAGCACGGGUCCAGGAGGGCCUGAUGAAGGUUAUGCCAAGAUCCGGAUUCUGAAUGAGAGUCACGAGGAUCUGAAUGAGAGUCACGAGGAUCUGAAUGCAGCUAAAGUUUCUCUACGAGUUCUUGGAGUGACUUUGAAAUUGGAACCCAUGUUCAAGCGAUCCAUUACCUAUGUGAAGAAGAUUGACAUGGACUUGGGAGAUCAAGCAGUUAGUUUUGGUAAGCAGCAUGAGUUUGCAGAUAUGUCAUGGUACCCUAGUCAACGCCAGGUUGUGUAUCGAGUUGACGAUCGUGUUUCUCCGGAUGUUUCUGGAGAAGGUCUGUAUGACUUCACCGGAUUCCGCGACACACUUUCACUUGUAGCCGAAAGUAUUAGAACUACAGAGGAAACCCAAGAAUCCAAUUGUUUGGAUGAAAUGAAUUGCGUUUCUGCAGGGCUAACCACCACGAUCCUUGGAGCAAUUGCAUACGGACUAACAAACAAUGCUUCAAGUGCUUACUUGGGCAAUCAAGAGGAUGCAUUAGACUUUGAUAUCACCUAUUACCGGAGCAAAGAUCCACUGACUCCCAGGCUUUACGAAGAUAUUCCGGAAGAGAUAGAGCAAAUGGCAGUGUUCAAGUAUGGAGGUCUUCCACACUGGGGGAAGAAUAGGAACAUUGCAUUCGAUGGUGUGUUCAAGAAAUACAGAAAUGUAACAGAGUUCUUGAAGGUGAAAGAGGCGUACGACCCAUCAGCAAAAAGAUUUGUAUUUCAUGGAGUACAAGGGGUACCCCUGCCCUUAAUACAAAUUACAAUAUCUGGAAAAACCAGCAGCUCAGUUCCUGACCCUAUCGGAACCAUUCAGCAGCAAGCUGAGGUUCAGAACGGUUCAGUCACAAAAAAGGACCUGCAUAAACAUUUCAUCCUUGAAAAUCCGGAUUACUUCUUCCGUUUAGCUUUUAAGCUCAACACAGGCUCCAUCAUCCACUCGUACAAAAAUGGACGACAGCUUGUAAUACCCGUCGACACAGUUGUUCCAAGCAGUGCUCCAAUAAGCUGCGCCCCUUCUCCAGCAUGGCCGCCUGAUCCUUUAGCAAAGAACAAUAGAGAAGGACCACCUUUUGGCUGAUCCCAUAUGUAACCUUCUCCAUAUUAUUAAUAAUAUUGGGAUUAUUUA